AAUCUGCAGGAACCACUUAGGUCAACCAACGCCGUCUCUGGGCCCUCAUUUGCGCUCUCUCCCAUGCGCAUAUAUCUCCGGAGGAACCCAGGCUUACUCCUCCUCCUCCUCGCUCCGCUGCCAAGGCGUCCUCCGUUGGUGGCUGGUCGGUCGGUCGGACCCAAAUUUGGGUUACACUAUCAGAAGCCUAUUAGAACGUCGAAGCUCGCUUCUGCAUCCUCAUUCGCGAAGGCCCCCCUUGAUUCACCCUACCCUACCCGCAGAGAAGAACGAGACGAAACGAAACGAAACGUGCCGUGGGAAGGAACGGGGAGUGUGGAAUCCGCCAGAGCCUUGACCUGGACUGGACUGGACUGUUCCGCGCCUGCCGCUACCUUGAUGGAAUAUUGUGGAUGAUGGAGGAUGACAAAACAGUGUGCAUGAUAUCAAAUAAUGUGCAAGAGUGUAAAAGAGACAACUCGAAACGAAAGAGAGAAAAUACCACCGAGUU